GGGGGCGAGAGGUAGUUGUGUGUAGUGGGUGCAGAACUGCAGCAGCGCAGCACCGAGCAGGGAGGGAGGGGGUGACCCGGAGUCUUUGAAAGGAUAGAGGGCGAUGACCACACCGGCAGGCUCUGGCACAGGCUUCGGCUCCGUGUCCUGGUGGGGCUUGUCCCCAGCGCUGGACCUGCAGGCUGAGAGUCCUCCUGUGGACCCAGAUUUGCGGGAGGAUACAGAGCACACGACCCCCGAGCUAGAUGUACUGCUGGUGGGAUCCGUGGAUGGGCGGCACCUGCUUCGGACUCUGGCCCGGGCAGCUCUCUGGCCUCGCAGGAGGUUACAUGUGAGCCGGGAUUGUGGGGUGGGUGGCGACAGGAGAAUGAAGUUCUAUGUGCUUGAGAAUAAUCUGGAAGCUGUAGCCCGACACAUGCUGAUCUUCAGCCUAGCCUUGGAGGAACCUGAGAAGAUGGGGCUGCAAGAGAGGAGCGAGACCUUCCUGGAGGUGUGGGGGAACGCGUUGCUGCGCCCCCAGGUGGCCGCCUUCGUGCGCGCGCAGGCCGACCGCCUGGCGCGCCUGGUCCCGGAGCCCCACCGCCUGGCGGAGCAGCUGCCCUGGCUCAGCCUGAGCGCCCUCAAGUUCCGCGAGCGCGACGCGCUGGAGGCUGUGUUCCGCUUCUGGGCCGGCGGGGAGAAGGGUCCUGAGGUCUUCCCCAUGAGCCGCCUCUGGGACUCCAGGCUGCGUCACUACCUGGGCUCCCGUUACGACGCCCGGCGCGGUGUCAGCGACUGGGAUUUGCACAUGAAGCUGCACGACCGCGGGGCCCGAGUCAUCCACACUCGCGAGUUCCGGCGUUGGAGGGACACAGGCGUCGCCUUUGAACUCAGAGACUCCAGCGCCUACCACGUGCCCAACCGGACCCUUGCGUCUGGCCGCCUCCUGAGCCAUCACGGGGAGCGUGUCGCAGCGCGCGGGUACUGGGGGGACAUUGCCACGGGACCAUUCGUGGCCUUUGGCAUCGAAGCGGACGAUGAGAACCUCCUGCGGACCAGCAACGGACAGCCAGUCAAGACCGCGAGUGAGAUCACCCAGCACAACGUGACGGAGCUGUUCCGAGAGGUGGCCGCCUGGGGGCGCCCGACAGCCAACCACGGAAGCCCUGAGCAGGUGCAUGGCGAGGGCCCUGGAAGCCCAGAGCGCGCUGCCCCUUCCCCGGAAUUCACCGUUCACUUCCUGCCUCUCGGCUCUGCCCAAACCCUUCACCACAAGAGCUGCUACGAGGGACGGUUCCAGCUUCUCUACGUGGCCUGUGGGAUGGUGCAUCUUCUCAGCCCUGACCUCGGGGCUUGCGUGGCUCCCGGAGGACACCUGAUCGUGGAAUUAGCCCGGUACCUGGUAGACCUGCGGCAAGAGCAGCUGCAGGGGUUUUCCGCCCGGGUCGGGGAGCUAGCUCAGGCGGCUGGAUUCACCCCGCAGAACCAGGACAGGCCCUCCGAGACCUUCGCACGCUUCUACAAGUCCGGGGACUCUGCUUGCCUCCGCAGCCACGCCGCUGUGCAAUCCACGACUCCGCCCCCUGGCGCCCUGGUCCCGCCCUCCGUACAAUCCGCGACUCGGCCCCCUGACGCCCUGGUCCCGCCCCUUGAGUGUCCUCCGGGAAGCUUGGGCAGGCCGGAGAAGACCAAAGUCCCGGGGGCCUUCAAGGUCACCCCGGACGCCCCCUUACUGACCCUCCAAGCGCCUCUUGCCCCUUCUCUGCCUCCUGCAAGCCCUGGCCUGAGUCUCAGCAUGGCGGACAACGACGAUGCGGCGGGCUGCCCGCCUCCCGCGCCGGCCCCGGUCCGACGCCGGUCCUCCGCUAACUACCGUGCGUACGCCACGGAGCCGCACGCCAAGAAAAAGUCCAAGAUUUCCGCCUCGAGGAAACUGCAGCUGAAGACCCUGAUGCUGCAGAUCGCGAAGCAGGAGCUUGAGCGGGAGGCGGAGGAGCGGCGCGGAGAGAAGGGGCGCGCUCUGAGCACGCGGUGCCAGCCUCUGGAGUUGGCCGGGCUGGGCUUCGCGGAGCUGCAGGACUUGUGCCGACAACUCCACGCCCGCGUGGACAAAGUGGAUGAAGAGAGAUACGACGUGGAGGCAAAAGUCACCAAGAACAUCACAGAGAUCGCAGAUCUGACCCAGAAGAUCUUUGACCUUCGGGGCAAGUUUAAGCGGCCCACCCUGCGGAGAGUGAGGAUCUCUGCAGAUGCCAUGAUGCAGGCACUGCUGGGCACUAGGGCUAAGGAGUCCUUAGACCUGCGGGCCCACCUCAAGCAGGUGAAGAAGGAGGACACAGAGAAGGAAAACCGGGAGGUGGGAGACUGGCGGAAAAACAUCGACGCGCUGAGCGGCAUGGAGGGCCGCAAGAAAAAGUUUGAGGGCUGAGCUGGCUGCCCCGCCGCCCUGGCCCUGAAGGCAGAAGGCGUCCCUGAGGAAUAAAGCUUCUCUCUGAGCUAA